AUGGCAACAAUCCUAUCAUUUCCUGUUCAACAACAACAACAGUAUGCAUCAGAAUCAUACAUUGGCACGAGCAAUUUUCCUAAACACUUCGGGAUAAAAACGCGUAUGAAUCGAAUGUUCGCUUGGUGUAAUAAGUUCCGAGCUAUGCAUAUGUGGAUAUUACUAUCUUGUAUACAGUUUUGCUUUUGGUUACCUCUAAUGAACAGCACUUCAACAGAGAUGACAGAAUUAUUAUCGUAUAAAAUUAAUGGAUCGUUGACAAGGGAUGAAUGGUUCAAUCGAGCCUACACUAAACGAUGUUUAUUGUUGCCACCUUCAUUGUUAUUAUCAACUUCUAUCGACAAUAUUAAUAGCUACAAUUCCAUGAAAAUGUUAAUUGUCUUUCUAUGCAUUGGAUCCUAUCUAUUGAUCUUAACAGCGGAGUCGAUAUAUAAUUCUGUAUCUGGUAAUCCACCAGAGAAUCCUUAUAUGUGGUUCUGUUGGUGUCGUAAGAUAAAUAAUAAAAUAAAAUCUUCAUUAAAAAUCUUAUCUAAAUCUUUGUUAUCUAAUAAAUCAUAUCAAUUUAUGAUUAAAAUGGCAAAUCGACAAAAUUCAACAAUACAAGAAACUGGUUAUUUAAUUGUUCAUCUUGAGAAUUCUUAUCCAUAA